CUGCACAGCGUUUAAUGAAAACGUUAAUAGUAACGACUAUGAUAAUUAAGAUCAGAGAGAGACAGAGAGGAAUGAUCCACUUUUAUAGUAAUUCUUUGUUGUGCUCCUAAGCCGUGGUGCUGAGUCUGGACUGCGCAUCCUGAUUUAGAUUAGACACGGGGUCAAGUUUGGCGCACUUAAAACGAGACGCGUCUGUAUAACUCGAUACAUCUGAAUUUAUCGCCCAAAAAGCAAGCGCAGGGAUGCCGGAAGCUGGAACAGACAUGAACAUGGACCGGCUGUUUGAGCUGAAAACCUCGGCUUCCACCGGGACGGAAAACAUCCCGCCUCCGUCUUUGUCCACUGGUCCAUCAGGGGACAUCCUUCGUAACUUUUACCACACCAAAAGAGUUGGAAAUUACCUGAUUGGCAGGAAGCUCGGAGAGGGCUCUUUCGCCAAAGUGCGCGAGGGGCUGCACGCGCUCACCGGAGAGAAGGUGGCGGUGAAAGUGAUCGACAAAAGAAAGGCCAAGAAGGACUCGUAUGUUACCAAAAACCUGCGCAGAGAGGGACAGAUCCAGCAAAUGAUUCGUCACCCUAACAUCACGCAACUGCUAGACAUCUUGGAGACUGAAAACAGUUACUAUCUUGUGAUGGAGCUCUGCCCAGGAGGAAAUCUAAUGAACCACAUCUACGAGAAGAAGCGACUCGAUGAGAGAGAGGCACAGAAAUACGUCCGUCAGUUAGUCAUGGCCGUGGAGCACCUGCACAGGGCUGGGGUAGUACACAGAGACCUGAAGAUUGAAAAUCUUUUGUUAGAUGAACAAGACAACAUAAAGCUCAUAGAUUUUGGACUUAGCAACUGUGCAGGGAUCCUGGGAUAUUCUGACCCCUUUAGUACACAGUGUGGAAGCCCAGCCUAUGCCGCACCCGAGCUGCUCUCAAGGAAGAAGUACGGACCCAAAGUAGAUGUCUGGUCAAUUGGAGUCAACAUGUAUGCCAUGCUCACUGGCACCCUCCCUUUCACGGUGGAGCCUUUCAACCUCAAAGCAUUGCACCAGAGAAUGGUGGACAAGGACAUGAACCCUCUGCCUUCAUCACUUUCCUCAGCUGCAGUUAGUUUACUGAAGAGCCUUUUGGAACCAGAUCCUGCCAAAAGACCUAACAUCCAUCAAGUUAUGGGUGAUUCAUGGCUACAGCUGGGCAACCCACACACUGGAAUCCCUUACUUAAACAGGAUCCAUAUUGAGGAGAUCAACCACACGGUUCUUCUGCAUAUGACUGAACGAAUGGCCUACAAGCACAGUGAAGUCCUCAGUGCUGUGCUCACUAACCGAGCCUGCCACACUCUAGCUGUCUAUUUCCUCCUUAACAAGAAAAUGAAAAGACUCUCCAAAGAGUAUCGAGAAAAGCAAUACAGUAUAGAAAAGGAGAAAAAGAGUGAGCUUUUCCAGACACAGUGGAGGAAACACAUUGAGAAGAUCACCAUUCCUCCAAAGCAGACACCAGUCUAUUUGGCUGUGAGCAAAGGCCCCACCAAAGAGAAGAAACAGAAAACAGGGCUUCUUAAAGCGAUGACCGGCCUGAAGGACGCUUACUCACGACAGGGUGGCUGCAUUGCUUCCUCCUCCUUAGAAUACCUAGAAAUACAUCCACUGUUUCCUCAAACCUCUCAAGGAGGCCGACACCUUGAUGCACAGCCUCCUAAGAAAGAUGGCCCGAGAGCUGUGGAUGUACCUGCACGACCUCCCUCAUCUCUGGGUGCACACUCCUGGGCAUCAGCGAGCAAAGAGCCAAGCAAAGAUGAUCCACCCUCACCCUGGUACAAGCUUACCAAUGGAGCUCUUUCGCCACCACGGCAUGUUUCUGCUUUCCACCAGCCAGACAGCUCCUACCUCAAAAAGGCCUCAAUCCCCAAUGUCCCAGUGGUUGUUGUAAAACCCCAGCCCAAGAAUAGUCCUCCCAGCACAGAGCAGCACAGCAAACAGGAGGCAGGCGGCAAUGCAGUGAGCAAUUCAGGCAGCAGUGCAGUGAGCAACGGUGGCAGCAAUGGACACAGCAGUGCACGCAGCCAUGGGCGCAGUCAUGGACGCAGCCAUGGGCGCAGCCAUGGGCGCAACAAGAGAAGCAUUAGUGGGGGUAGUAGCAGUGGAGGCAGAAGUGGGGGUAGCAGCAGCGGUAGUAGUGGAAGCAGCACUGGCAGCAGUGGAGGCAGCACUGGCAGCAGUGGAGGCAGCACUGGCAACAAUGGAGGCAGCAGUGGAGGCAGCACUGGCAGCAGUGGAGGCAGCACUGGCAACAAUGGAGGCAGCAGUGGAGGCAGCACUGGCAGCAGUGGAGGUGGCACCGGCAGUAGUGGAAGCAACAGUGGCAGCAGUGGAGGCAGCACCGGCCACAGUGGGAGCAGCAACGAAGAGCCCAGCAGUCCACAGCACCGUGCUAAAUUCCCAUCCAUGGGCAUUGGACAGAUCUUGAAGAAAAAAGUUCAACCCUUUGCCUUUCCAGCACCUCUGUUCAGGCCUGAGCCGGCCGUAGAGGUAGAGUCACCAACUCCAUACCACAUGCAGACUCUACUAUGUGCCUCCGGGGCACUCAAGACUCUGUGCUGAUGAUGAAGGCACAUUUGAACUAUUUUAGGAAGUUAAAAAAAAGGAUUGACUAAAUGAGGUGCUUGCUGUUUCACCACGAGAUCUUAAGUACUGUCAUAAUUCUGAAGUAAAAACGCUUUUAAAACACAAACUGUAUGCAGUAAACCGAUACUAACUACCACUGAUUUUUGUCCUGUUCGAAGCACCAGAGCUUCCAAUGUGGCGGGGUACUCAAACUUGAAUCCUCUGGGGAGUGAGCUGUCCUUGAUAUGCACAGAUAGAUAAAUAACUGUAGAUGCCUGGGCACACCCCAACUCCGAGCACUGUGUUAAUUAAUUACCUCUAAUGUGGCACCUUGGUCACAACCUAGAAUGCUAAGUGUAAUAUUUUCAUUUUUACUGCAAACACCAUUUGAGUGUCAUAUAAAGACUUUCAUUAAAACCACAUAUUUUUUCAAUAGAAGAUGCUGCAUCACUGCCAGUUCACUAUGUACCUCGGAGCACCUGUGAAGCAAAUCAUCCUGAGAUCCUGUUUUUAUUGCUUAGCAACAUGAGUGGAGUUGUUGCUUCAUUUCCACCUCACAAGUCAGAGACACUCAGGUCUGCUUCACAGAAAAGAAAAUCUCCCCUUAGUCUUGCUGUGAAUUACUGUCACAACUAGCUUUUGACUUACCUUGAAAGAGAUUGUAACUUUGUAUAGCCUUAAAUAACAUGUGUUAUUUAACACUUUGGUCUAAAUAAGACCAGUCAGAAGUAUUGUUACAUUGUGUAGCCUAUGUGUUAUCACUCUAAAUAAAUACAUGAAUUUUUGGGAAGGGAGUGGGGUGCAUCAUUUCGUGACCCAUCAUGUUGAGUGCCGUGGUAGACCAUGCAGUAGUGCAAAUCAUUUUGUACCCAGUGUUAAUCAUCUACAUGGUUGAAUUCUCUUCGUUACAUUUCUGACCCUUUGAUGUGAGAACCGCUUGUAAAUCUGAACUCAAUGUGUCUUUCAUGUUGUGAGUACAUUGAUACCUUCACUUAUUGCACAUUACUGUAGUUGAGGUUAAAAGCUUUCAAAGUGUUUACUUGAACAGAAGGCUAUGAACUGUUUGUUAAUCUACUUUUUCUUACACGAGAUUCCUCUUUGCAUGUGAAAAGACAAUGUUCCAGUUGAUUUGUCGGUCGUUGGAUGUGGUUUUGUUACAGUGAGCAACGAACCUGAGGUCUAAAUUCUUUUGAAUUUUGAGGACUUUUUUGUAAACUUUAUAACAAGUUGUGUUUAAGUGAGAAGAUUUUUAUGCUGUAAAAAAGAUUUUUAAUAUUUAUAUUUUAAAAACGAGUAUUUGUGCUCAGUUUUCCUUUUUGCACUAAACACACACUGCUUUUACACAAUAAAACUGAUUUGA